AUGGCAAAAGGCUCAAAGAAGGAAGCUCUCGAUGAGCAGCUGCCCUCGGUCGAGGAGGAUCUCUAUAAGCUUCUGGGGGUGGAGUCGGAUGCCACCUCAGAAGCUAUCAAGACUGCCUACAGAAAGAAUGCUUUGAAGCACCAUCCUGACAAGGUCAGCGAAGAACACCGUGAAGAAGCCAACAAGAGAUUCCAGCAGAUUGCCCUUGCCUAUGGUGUCCUCUCGGAUGAGCGCCGACGAAAGCUGUACGAUCGCACCGGUAACACUGAAGAAAUCCUUGGUGAAGAUGAGGAUUUUGACUGGCUGGACUUUUACCGCGAGCAACUUUCUGCCAUGUUGGACACUCGUGCACUGGAUGAUUUCCAGAAAAAAUACAAGGGCUCGGAUGAGGAGAAGACCGACAUUCUCACAGCAUAUGAGCAGGGUGAGGGAAAUAUGGAUCACAUCUAUGACUCGGUGAUGCUCUCCAACGUGCUUGAGGAUGAUGCACGCUUCCGCUCCAUCAUUGAUCAGGCCAUCAGUGAGGGCCAGGUGGAGAAUUACCCCACAUACAGCGAGGAGCCAGAGAGCAAGCACCAGCGCCGCGUGAGACGGGCUCAAAAGGAAGCCAAAGAGGCGGAGAAGCACGCAAGAGACACAGAGAAUGCCAAGAAAAAGAGAGCCGCAUCAGCAUCCAAGUCAAAGGCCACCGCAAAGGGAAAAGGAGCUGAUGAUGAGAAUGAUCUUCUCGCCAUGAUCACCAAACGUCAGCAGCACCGUGGCCAGAGCUUCCUUGCUCAUCUAGAGGAAAAAUAUGCACAGCCCUCCAAGGGAUCCAAACGCACCGUGAUGGAUGAGCCACCAGAGGAGGCAUUUGCCUCUGUUGGUGCCCGCAAGAAGUCCAAGAGUGCCAAGUCUCAGGAGAAAAAGUCUUCGAAAGCCUGA